AUGAUUCUACGAAGCUCUUCGCCUCUCCUCAUCUCCCUGUCCCUUCUCCUUUUGCAAGCAUCAUGGUUGACGGGACCCGCCUCCGCAAAGAAAGAUGCUCCACGCAUCACCAAAUCCAAACUCGAUAACCCUCCCGCAGCCCCACCUCUUUACUUCGAAGAUUCAGAUGUCAUACUUAUACUUGAUAACGCUGGAAACGUAAUAAGAUCAGAGGAUGCAGGCGAGGAGUGGGGCGUGAUUGACGAUGUUCCGGAAGGACGAGCAUUGGAUCUGGUGCUGCACCCCUACAACAACGAGAUGGCAUACGUAUGGGGCAAAGAGACUACACACUGGAUAACCGACGAUCGGGGCAAAUCAUGGCGGAGUUUUGAUAUAGAAGGGUACCCUGUCCCAUUUCGACCGCCCUUCAGCUUCCAUGCGGCAGACAGCGACAAGGUGAUUGUCAAUAUCUGUACUGAACCGUUUGUGUGCGAUGAGAUGGCUUACUACACGAAAGACGCCUUCAAGACUCCUCCCAUAGAGAUGAGGCAGGACACCAGGAGCUGCGUAUUUGCUAGGUCAACGCCGCAGUUCCAAACAAGUGCAGAUGACAAGAACGACGACCGAGUGGUCUGCGUUGUGAAGGGACGGUAUGCGAGUAUUUGGUCAACGAGAGACAACCGGCUGGUGGUCUCAGAUGAUUACUUCAAGGACGAGGAGGAGGAGCCGGUUCUGGAAGGUGACCGUACUGUUCAAGGGAUCAUCAACAUCGCUGUCGUGAAGGGCUUUUUGGUCGCCGCUGCAAGUGCUAAAGGUACGGAUGAGCUGGCGAUGUAUGUGACGGAUGACGCGCAAACUUGGCACAGAGCUGUGUUCCCCAUCGAUCAUAAGUUGGAGGAAGAUGCCUACACAAUCCUAGAGAGUACCAAUUAUAGCAUUCAGGUGGAUGUCAUGACUACAUCCCCGAUCAAUGCUAUGGGGGUUCUCUUUACGAGUAACUCGAACGGAACCUACUUCACCCGGAAUAUUGAGCAUACAAAUAGGAACUACAAGGGCAUCGUGGACUUUGAGAAGAUCGCGGGUAUCCAGGGGAUCGUGAUGGUCAAUGUAGUGGACAACUGGGAGGACGUGGAACAGUCGCCCCUUGCUCAGAAGAAGAUCAAGAGCAAGAUCAGCUUUGACGAUGGGAGGAAAUUCCAGUCACUCACCACAGACGACGACGACGAGAUACACCUCCACUCUGUGUCACAAAUGACCAACUCGGGCAGAGUAUUUUCAAGUCUGGCGCCAGGGCUUGUCAUGGGAAUUGGCAACAGAGGCAAAUACCUCAAGGAUUACGAAGAAUGUGACCUCUAUGUCUCCGACGACGCCGGCUUGACCUGGCGGUUAGCAGUGAAAGAAGCUCACAAAUAUGAAUUUGGUGACAGAGGUUCGGUAUUACUGGCUAUCUAUGACGAGGGUCCCACAGACACCAUUCAGUAUUCUCUCGAUCAUGGUAAAUCCUGGGAGAAGGCAGACCUCGGUGACAAAGUUCGUGCCAAGCUACUCACGACCACGCCCGACUCUACCAGUCUCAAAUUCUUCCUCAUGGCUACUACCGGCGGAGGAUCAGAUCUGGAGCAUAUGGCAAUCGCUAUUGAUUUUGCUGAGCUUCAUGAACGAAAAUGCAAGGACAAUGACUUCGACCGGUGGCCUGCGCGCGUGGACGAGAACGGAGACCCGACUUGUAUCAUGGGCCACAAACAAUGGUACCGCAGACGCAAGGCCGAUGCCGAUUGUUUCGUAGAUCAAGAGUUCAAGGACCCUGUACCAGAGUUCGAGCCUUGCGCUUGCGCUAAUGAGGAUUUCGAAUGUGACUACAACUUCGUUCCCAGCGACGAUGGAAGCGAGUGCAUUCCGGCUGGAACUUUGCCAGUGCCUAAAGAUCAGUGCGAUGGUUCAGAUGCCAAAUACAUGGGCAGCUCUGGCUUCAGGCUUAUUCCUGGCAACGACUGCGAUCGAGAAGCCAAGGGUGCUGUCGCGUUGGACGAAGAAGUAGAGCGGUCUUGCGACGAUACCAUCAGGCCACCCGCAAGUGGAAAAAUAGCAAAAGAGCUCUCAACUUUCCGUGCAAGACGCUUCGAAGAGUACUUCUACUUGGAGAGGACUGACAGGAGUACGGGUACCGACGAGACCAUUGUCAUGCGGACUGACGACCGUAAGGUUUAUAUUACUACCGAUGCUGGUAAGACCUGGGAUCAGAUUCUCGAGGAUGAAGAGAUCACGGCCAUUUACCCUCACCAAUAUUUCAAUGAUGUGGUAUACUUCCUUACCGGCAGCAAGAAAGUAUUCUACUCCGUCAAUAGAGGGGUCACUAUUGGCCAUUUCGAAGCCCCAGCCGAGCCCACUCGAGACAAGCUUCAGAUCCUGAGCUUCCAUGCUGACUAUAAAGACUGGCUCAUUUGGACUGGUGCGGUGGACUGCGAUGGAUCUAGCAAGAGCAAUUGCCAUAAUGUUGCCUUCUUCAGUGAAGACAGAGGUGCCACUUGGGACCAUAGAUUGCGUUAUGUCAACAAGUGCGAGUUCAUCAAGAAGGAAGGCCGUGGAGGUAACGAGAAGCUCGUGUACUGCGAGCAGUACCAAGACGAGAAGCCGGACAACCCUCUGCAGCUGAAGUGGAGCGACAACUGGUUCGCAGACGAUCACAAGCCAUUCAACGAUAUCAUAGAUUUUGCCACCAUGUCUGAAUUCAUCGUUGUAGCUGCCAGACGGGAAGAUGACCGUGACGCUCUUACAUGCCAUACCAGCGUGGAUGGCAAGACGUUCGCCGACGCAAGAUUUCCGCCGAGCUUUGAGGUGCCUGCUCAGAAGGCUUACACGGUGCUGGAUAGCUCUACACACGCCGUCUUCUUGCAUGUAACGGUCAAUAACCGCGAAGAGUCUGAGUAUGGUUCAAUCAUCAAGAGUAACAGCAACGGCACAUCCUAUGUCAUGAGUCUCAAUGGCGUCAACAGAAAUGGUCGGGGAUAUGUCGAUUUUGAGAAGAUGCUUGGCCUCGAGGGAGUCAUUUUGGUCAAUACUGUUGCCAACAUCGACGAGGCCGAUCAGGGUAAAUCCAAAAAGCUGAGAACCAUGAUUACGCAUAACGAUGGUGCUCAAUGGGCACCUUUGCAAGCCCCAUCUAAAGACGCUGAGGGUCGUAAAUACGAGUGCGAUCCUAAGGACACCUUGAAAUGUUCUCUGCAUCUUCACAGCUACACCGAGCGCCGGGAUCCGCGUGCUACAUUCUCGUCUCCGUCAGCCAUUGGUUUGAUGAUGGGUGUCGGUAAUGUUGGCCAGUAUCUGGGCAGGAAACCUGAUGCAGACACUUUCAUCACUCGAGAUGGUGGCGUUGAAUGGUACCCUGUCAAGAAAGGCAACUACAUGUGGGAGUACGGCGACCAGGGUUCAAUCAUCGUCAUUGUUGAAGAGGAUGUUGCCACUCGAUCUGUUUUCUAUUCUCUGAACGAAGGCAUCAACUGGCAAGAAUAUGUCUUCGCAGACGCCGACUUCACUGUUGCGGCCAUCUCUACUGUUCCCUCUGACAAGUCACGGAAUUUCAUUCUGUGGGGUAAAGAAAGCGCAAGUGGCAGCAACGUUGCUACCGUCAAUCUUGACUUUACAGGCUUGACGGACAAGCAAUGUGAAUUGGACGAGAAGAAUCCAGAGAAGGGUGACUACCUCCUCUGGGAACCCAAGCAUCCUACUCAGAAAGACAACUGCCUAUUUGGACAUGUUGCGCAAUACCACCGCAAAAGACCUGAAGCCGAAUGUUAUAACGGGUUAGACAUACAACAUCUGCACAGCAUCUCCCGAAACUGCGAUUGCACGAGGGAGGAUUUUGAAUGUGACUACAACUACGAGGUCGGCAAUGACGGCUCCUGCCAACUCGUCCCUGGUCUACCGCCCCCCGACCACAGCCAAGCUUGUGUCGAAAACCCGGAAUUAUUGUCCUAUUUCACUCCCACAGGCUAUCGCCGCACUCCACUCGACACUUGCAAAGGCGGCCAGGAACUAGAGUACACGUCAAAAGAAAUACCCUGCGAAGGCCAUGAAGGCGACUUCGACCGUGAACAGCGCAAGAAAGGUCUCAGCGGGUUCUGGUUCUUCGCGCUGGUAUUCGUCUUACCGGUUGUCAUCGCAGGAGGAGCCGGGUAUUGGGUCUGGGCUAAUUGGGAUGGCAAAUUUGGACGUAUCAGGCUUGGAGAUUCAGGCAGUGCGUUUGAUGCAGACAAGCCAUGGAUCGCAUGGCCAAUUACGGCGGUCAGUGCUGUGGUUGCUGUGGUAGCUACGUUGCCGCUUCUGCUCGCGAGCGCGUGGAGAGGGAUUACCGGGUUGUUUGGAAGUGGAAGGACGUAUACGCAACGGAGCGAUUUUGCGAGAGGGGGAAGAUACGCAGUUGUUGACCCAGAUGAGGACGAGUUGUUAGGAGAUGAUGAGGAGGAAGAAGUGUAG